AGGCUUAGGGUAAACCAGGGAGAAGAGGCAGAGGGCGGAGCUGUAGGCGGGGGAACCUGUGCUGUAGAAGUGCGGCUGCUGAGUGACCGUUCAGGAAGAAGCGGCGCGACAGUUCCACAAGGAGCAGAGACAGAGGUUACGGAGCUCCCGGCGCAGCCAUGAUACACACAGAGCGGAUUGUGAGCCUCACGUUGGAGAUUCUGUCCCUUCUGACUGGAGAGGACUAUAUAGUGGUGAAGAAACAGAGUAAGGAAGGAGCAGCCACCAGCAGGCUUCCCACCCCAGAUGGCGACGACAAGUCCCAGAGCCACAAACCGGAUCCUCCAGGCAGUUCCCUGAUCCCCAAACAGAACCCCAGGGAGAAAGGUUUGGAACCGGCCGGCCCAGAGGUUGUGCUACGGUGGGACGAUGCCGCAGUCUAUCUCUCCGUGGAGGAGUGGGAGUAUCUAAAGGGACACAAGGAGCAAUACCAGCAAGCGGUGAUGGAGGAUUGUCAGCCUGUCUGCUCUGUCGGGUGCGACACUGGAAAUCCAACCCCGCAGCAAAGCAAGCGAGACAGGGAACUGAAGCUGGAACCGCAGGAGGAAAGAAUCCAUCCAGGGUGCGACACUGCAAACCCAACCCCGCGGCGGAGCAAGAGAGACACGGAACCAAAGCCAGAACCGCAGGAGGAAAGAAUCCAUCCAGAUACGCCCCUGGUUAGUGAAAUACAGACUGACGGACCCCACAUUAACCCUUCCCAUGAAUAUCUAAAUAUCGUUACCGUUAUGGAAACGGAUCAGAAGGAAUCCCUAGCUGAGUGCCCCUCGCCCGACAGAAAGAAGGACGACGCGAUGAAGGAUCGGAGCUUAGAGAAAGAAACGCGUUUCAGAGUCUCGCCUAGAAGGCACCGAAGGGGAAAGUAUAGGCCUACAGGGAACCCCGGCGUCGGGAGAGCUCCAGAAACCCCAAUCUAUGAAUUCAAAAUCCAAUCUGAUGUUAAUUGUCUCCCAAGCGAUGGAAACCUAAACAGGGGUUCUUCUGCCCCCCAGGGAAACCGCCCCAAAAUCUCCGCCGUAAUCACUUCCCAGAAACAAACUGACGCCAAAUGUGGGAAAGAGAUCAGCAAACACUACAGCCAAAGGCUGGGACCCGACAACGAGAGGCAGUUUGUGUGCUCCUUCUGCGGGAAAUGCUUCAGAAGCUACUGCUACAUCAGCCGGCACAUCCGCUCCCACACGGGGGAGAAGCCCUUUCAGUGCCCCGUAUGCAGCAAAUGCUUCUCGGAUAAAUCCGUCCUGAUCCGGCAUCACAAGAGCCACACGGGGCAGAGACCAUUCACCUGUAGCUACUGUGAGAAAUGCUUCUCCCACAGAGCCGGCCUGCUGGAGCAUCUCAGUCUGCACGCGGGGGAUAGACCCUACGUGUGCCCCGAGUGCGGCAAGUGCUUUAAGUACAGAGCGUCCCUCACGAGCCAUCGGAGGAUUCACCGAGGGAAGAGCAUCUGUGUGUGAGGGAACGGCGCUCCGGGUUCCAGACUGACAAUUUGGAGUCAUUUAGUGCAGCGGUUCUCAACCUGUGGGUCGGGACCCCUUUGGGAGUCGAACGACCCUUUCACAGGGGUCGCCUAAGACCAUCGGAAAACACAUAUUUCUGAUGGACUUAGGAAUAAUAAUAUGGUUGGGGGUCAGCAUAACAUGAGGAACUGUAUUAAAGGGGUCACGGAAUUAGGAAGGUUGAGAACCACUGGUCUAGAUCAUGGCAUUAGGA